UAAACAUUCUUUGUUGUUUGUAAUAAAUAGUUCAGUCAAAUACAGGUCUGUGUGAAAAUUACCAUAAAAUAUUUUGGGAGCCAUCUACAGUACCGCUAUGAAUCCAAGGGGGGGUGCUAAAAAGCCGUUGACAACAUCGGCCCCGAAUGAAACUGAAUAAAUGGAAUUAACACUUAAUUACCAGUGUUGGUUAUUUCUGUCUGUAUGUAGAAACACAUCAGGUUUUAAUAUGACGCAAUUAUCAGAGUUAAUGUCAAAACAAACAAAAUAAAAGCACUGAUCAAUGUUUUCAGAAACUGUGAGCCAGUUCUGUUUUUGUCCUGUUAGGAUUCACUGUAUAAGCAGGUGACAGCACAAAGGUGCAGCAGUGAGUGUAAACACAAAACAAUCAGGGAUCUUUUUUUUACCCCCAUUGCUCUGACCAAUGAGGUGACAACAGGGCACUUUCCCACAACAAACGUCUCUGACACCAAACACACCAAGUCAGACAAAGAAGACCUUCACUCCUGGGAACAGGAAUCGCACCCCAGCACUGAAAUUUUGUAAUUAUUUUCUAGUUUGACAUUUUCUUUUUAGUUUAGGUUGCUUUGAUUGCUACAUCAUGCUUCAAGCAUAUUCAGAGAUCGCCGCAAUGUGUGUUGGGCUGAUCGGGCUGAUCGGCGCCGCUGCAACCACUGGGAUGCCCAUGUGGAAGGUGACAGCUUUUAUUGGAGAGAACAUAAUUGUGAUGGAAACGCGUUGGGAGGGUCUGUGGAUGAACUGCUACAGACAGGCCAACAUCCGUAUGCAGUGUAAGGUCUACGACUCGCUGCUGUACCUGCCUCCAGAGCUGCAGGCGGCCCGCGGCCUCAUGUGCUGCUCUCUGGCCUUGUCUGGACUGGGACUUCUGGUCGCUAUGGCUGGAAUGCGCUGCUUCUCCUGUCUUCAGGGUAACGACUGGGUGAAAACCAUCAUCCUGCAGGUGGCAGGAGUCAUGCAGCUGCUGGCGUGCGUCUGUGUCUACAUCCCAGUGUCCUGGACUGGCCAUGCUAUUAUUAGAGAUUUCUACAACCCUCUGCUCAUUGAUGCCCAGAGGAGGGAGCUGGGAGAGGCGCUGUACAUCGGCUGGGUGACCGGCGCCUUCAUGUUCGCUUCAGGGUUGUUGUUCCUUUGUCGCCGUUUGCCCCAAGACAAAGGCUCGUUUGAUAUUUACCACCCGGCGGACUUCCUCAACUACAAACUGCAUCCGGGCAAGCCGGCUCUGAUUGGUUACAAUCCCAUGUCAACUCUUUCGAGCCUCAGAUCGACUCCGUACCAGCCUCCUGUACAGCAGCUCCCAAUGCCAGUGCAAACUGUGCCUCAGCUAAUGGCAAAUAACGGAGCGCCACUGCAGCCUCCAAUGGCCUAUCACCCAGCUCUGCCUGAAAACGCUUCCCUGUUGUACGGCAGCAUGACUCAGCAUUCCUCCGUGCCCAGUUCUAACCAGAGAGGAAGCCUGUACGCUCCAGGGAACUCCGUGUACAUGAGCCACAACAGCGCGCCACAUUCACUGACCUACACCGGCCAACCAUCUGCCUCCUACCAGUCCAGCUUUCACCCAGUUCCACACACUCCUAUUUUUAUUGGGUACAGAUCAUCAAUAGUUCAACCUCAGUCUCACAGUGGGAGCAGUUCCCUGGGUGGUGUGUACAUCUAGGAGCUGACGCAACUUCACAGAUUAUGGUUUAUAAGUAUAGGGGUGAGUCCAAAUAUUCUAAGACUAAUGUCAAUAAUAAAGGUGUCUGUUUGUAAUCAGUGAAACUGGUGGAGCUCAGUCUCCUCUGUGUUCCCAACCUCUUAGAUUGAAUUUAUAUUUACAUCGUCAUCAAGUGUUCAGAUGUACAUUUGGUUUAAUGUGGUUUUUCAAACCACAAAUA